CUGAUUGUGUUACUUUACAUUAGAAAGACGAGGGUAUUUUUGGUAGGAAAAUUCAUUCCAAGGUGUUUUCUUCUCGGGGACUUUCUAGUUUCUACUCUCUAAACUCCACUCUUAUUUUCUUCUUAACUCUAUCGCUUCCGAUUUUCGAUUUUGCGUCAUCUUUAUUCCAAAUUCAGCAAUAAGGGUUUCUUUUGUUCCUUUCGUAAUUUACCAUUUGCGAUGAGGAUCGAGGAAUUGGAAGAUGCAGAGUGUAGUAGGCAUGAAGAAGAGAAUUCCGAGAGGCAAAUUGUGAUGGUUGAUGCAAAGAGAGCGUUGGUUGGAGCAGGUGCAAGGAUCUUGUUUUAUCCAACACUUUUGUAUAACGUGGUUCGUAAUAAAAUUGAAACUGAGUUUAGGUGGUGGGAUCAAAUUGAUGAGUUUUUGUUGCUGGGCGCAGUCCCGUUCCCUAAAGAUGUUCCUGAAUUGAAGAAUCUUGGUGUUGGCGGUGUGAUUACUUUGAAUGAACCUUAUGAAACUUUGGUACCAUCUUCAUUAUAUCGCGCUCACGGGAUCGAUCAUUUGGUAAUUCCCACAAGGGAUUAUCUCUUUGCUCCCUCAUUCGUGGAUAUCAACCGGGCAGUGCAGUUCAUUCAUUAUAAUGCAACUUGUGGUAAAACAACUUAUGUUCACUGUAAAGCUGGGAGGGGGAGGAGUACAACAAUUGUGCUUUGUUAUUUGGUUGAAUACAAGCACAUGACACCUGCUGCUGCUCUGGAUUAUGUGCGGUCUCGAAGACCUAGAGUGCUACUGGCACCCUCACAGUGGAAGGCUGUUCAAAACUAUAACAAGCAAAGACCUGCUCAAAAUAAUAACAAGCAAAUAUCUGUUCAAAACUGUAACAAGCAAAGACCAUGUUCUUCACCAUACUCUCCCUCUGGGGACACGGUUCUCAUAACCAAAGAUGAUCUUGAAGGUUAUCAUAGCACAUCUGAUACUAGUAUGGAGCUGGCUAUUGUUCCUAAAGUGGCAAAGACUAAGCCCAUGAUAGCAAGACUAUCUUGCCUGUUCGCAUCUUUAAAGGUAUCCGGUGGUAGUGUACCAAUGAUAAGGCGGCUGCCCGUUUCAGAGUCACGUGCUUGCUAAGCCAGCUUGACACCCGUGUUCCAGGCAGGCGGCGUGUACAGAAGAUAAUGCCAAUAAGCGAAUAAUUUCCCACAAAGUCGGUACAACUGUGUAACAUGAAGAGAGGGUGCAUAGAAACAAAGAUAGAGGGAAGAUGAUGUUUACACAUUAAAGAGGAACAUCACAUCACGUAGUUUUCUUGUACAAAUAUUUACUUUUUUUGCAUGUUUGUUUAUCCAAGUGAAAUCCUUGUUCAAGUUUAAAGCAUUAUUGUUAAAGAAUUAUUGGUGUUAAAUCAACAGGAUUUGUCUUGUGGUGGCUAAA